AUGGAUUCUCUCAAGAAAUCCAAGUCUGCGUGGGCUGACCGAUGCUCAACUAAGAAUAAGAUAAGGAAUGGAAAAUGUUCCCCCGCAACACUGCCGCCAAAGGCAGGCUCACAUGGCCUUAACUUCCGAAGAUUCCUUUUUCCCUCCUGCUCAGUUGCACUUUUCGUUGUCGCUAUUUAUAUGUUACUACUAGAGAUAACCCCUAUGAGAAGCAGGAUAAUGGCCCAAAUACAAGGAAGAAACUUAGCCGAAUUAAAUGAAGAUGGAUGUUUAAGAGAAGGAGACUCAAAUAAAAAUCUAAGUUCCUCUGAUUUUGAAUCUGAUCAUGUGUUAUCCGGGUCUGAUAAAAUGGAUUUAGGUGAAAAUGAAGAAAAAGACGGUUUGGAGGCAGAUGAAAAUGUUGAAGAAAAAUAUGAAGAAAAAAAUGACUUAUGUAAUAUUGACUCGCCCAGAUUCGACGAAGCCGGAGUAAAAUUUGUUACCGAUCUGACAAAAGAGCAACUAGACGAGUUGAUAAAUAAUAUGGAAGAAGUGCCAUCGAAGGAUGAAAUUAUCAAAAUGUGGAAGCGCGCCUAUGCCCUGGAAGGACAAGAAUUUUACGAAAUGAUGAAUGGUUUAUUCGAAUAUUACGAAGAGUUAAAGGGAAAACAUCAUGUAGAAGAAGAACCUCUUUUCAGUCUUUGGAGUGGAGUUAUGUCCAGAUGUUUUCAUGUAGUAGCAGAGAGGGAGCAAGAAUACAGUAAACUUUUCAACGUCUUCAUCAUCAAGGAUGGAAUGACCAAACAGGAAUUUGUUAAUUUCUUGGAGCAUUGCAGGAAGGAGGCUGCUGAAUUCAGGGAAUCUUUAGAAGCCUUAGCGAAGAAAGAAUUCGAAGCAGAAAUUAUUCCAGAGGAAGAAGCCACCUAA